AUGUCGCUGCCAGUGCUGAUGGACGAUCUCGUCGACGAGAUCAUCCUCCGCUUCCCUCCCGAAGAACCGGAGCUUCUCGUUCGCGCCUCCCUUGUCUUCCGCCGCCGGUUCCGCGAGCUCCACCGCGCGCCCCCGAUGCUGGGCGUCUUCUACACCCGGGGGUUGGUAUCCUCCUUCGUUCCUACCUCCUCCGUCCCAGUCCCCCACGCCAUGCGCAGCAAUUGGUGUGCAGCCGACUCCCGCCGCGGCCGCGUCGUCCUCCACAGUUUGCCGCCCUGGGGGAACGACCUCCCGAUGCGGUCGGCGGGUGACCUCCUUGUCUGGGAUCCCAUCACGGACGAGCAGUGGCCGCUGCCCAAGUUGCCGGAUCAACUUUUUUUCCGGCUACCGUGUAGCUGGACCGCCGCGGUGCUCUGUGCUGCGGCAGAUGGCAUCUGCGAUCACAUCGACUGCCACAGCGGAGGCUCCUUCCUCGUGGUCUUCAUGUGCACUGCCCCCAGGGAGGCCUUCACCUGUGUCUACUCAUCAGAGACUGGUGCGUGGAGCGAACCGACCUCUACUAAGCUCCGCCGUGCCUGGGUCCGUUUCUCCCCUAGCGUCCUUGUGGGCAAUACACUCUACUUUAUCUCUGAUUACUGUCGGAGGAGUAAGAAAAUUCUGGAACAUGAUAUGGAAACACAGGAAACAUCUCUGAUUCGUCUGCCAUGUACAAACUAUAUGUGCAUUGCUCUAGUGAAGAUGGUGGAUGGUAGGCUGGGAUUUACUGGCGUGCAUGAGUCCAAACUCUACUUGUGGUCGAGGGAGGCUGGUUCUGAGAAAUAUGCAGGAUGGGCACAAAGCCGAGUAAUCGAUCUACAGACACUGCUCAGGCCGUUAGGUAUCCUGAUGGACGUGCUCGCUGUGAAUUGUUUCGUGGAUGGUGUUGCUGCCAUUUUCGUGGGAACAGGUGGUUUCCGAUUUGCUAUUGAUCUGAAGUCUGGUCGGAUUACAAAGAUAGGUGAGCGCAUGGGCAUCUACAACAUUGUUCCCUACAUGAGCUUCUACACACCAGCACUUGUUGUGGCCGCUAGCCCGCUACAGGUGAGGGACCAAGAGCAGGUGCUCCAAGUGCAUGAAACACACAGCUGA